CGGGACGCACGGGGAACCCCCAUCGCGGCGGAAACUACGGCCAGCGGCGCCGGGGCCGGUGGAGGAACGGCCGGAGAACGAGCGGAGAACGAGCGGAGCCGAUCCUCCCGCGACAGUGGACGCGCCCGGGGCGGGGCCUAGGGGAGGGGGUUCUUCGCGUGCGGCGCGGCCGGGCCGGGCAGAGUGGGACGCGCCGCCGCCAUGAUCAUCCCUGUACGCUGUUUCACUUGUGGCAAGAUCGUCGGCAACAAGUGGGAGGCCUACCUGGGGCUGCUGCAGGCCGAGUACACCGAGGGGGAUGCGCUGGACGCCCUGGGCCUGAAGCGCUACUGCUGCCGCCGGAUGCUGCUGGCCCACGUGGACCUGAUCGAGAAGCUGCUCAAUUAUGCACCCCUGGAGAAGUGACCACGGUGGAGCCCACCCACCUGCUGGGCUGACCAUGGGCCCUGAGCGUCCUGCCCUGAAUUCACGAGGCUGAGGCAUCCGGGAGCUGGCGCAAUGCCUGGCUGCAGCAUGUGUGUAUCCCGUCCCCUACUCUGGAAGGAACCAUCCAGUAAAGGUCUUUCAGAACCACCAA